UCUUACCCACCUCUAUCCCUCCUUCCUACACUACAAUCUGGUUUGGGAUAUUUCUUUCACAUACAGGUAACUACAGAGGCUGUUUCUUGGAAUGAAUCAAUAAGUGACACAAAUUACUCCAUGGUGACAGAGUUCAUUUUUCUGGGACUCUCCAAUUCUCAGGAAUUGCAGAUUUUCCUAUUUGUGUUCUUUUUUGUAUUCUAUGUAGGAAUUGUGUAUGGAAACCUUCUUAUUAUCAUAACUGUGGCCUCCGACUCCCACCUUCACUCCCCCAUGUACUUCCUGCUGGCUAACCUCUCACUCACUGACCUGUGUCUGUCUUCUGUCACAGCCCCCAAGAUGAUUGCUGACUUUUUCAGUCAACGCAAAGUCAUCUCUUUCAAGGGCUGCUUUGCUCAGAUAUUUCUCCUUCACUUUUUUGGUGGGAGUGAGUUGGUGAUCCUCAUAGCCAUGGCCUUUGACAGAUAUAUAGCAAUUUGUAACCCCCUUCACUACACUACCAUUCUGUGUGGCAAUGUAUGUGUUGGGCUUGUGGCAGCUGCAUGGGGGACUGGUUUCCUCCAUUCAGUGAGCCAGCUGGCCUUUGCAGUGAAAUUACCUUUCUGUGGUCCCAAUGAGGUUGACAGCUUUUAUUGUGAACUACGUACAGUUAUCAAACUUGCUUGUACAGACACCUAUAGGUUGGAUAUCAUGGUCAUUGCUAACAGUGGUGUGCUCACUGUAUGUUCUUUUGUUUUCCUAAUCAUCUCCUAUGUUAUUAUCCUAGUGACCAUCCAACGAUGCCCUUCACACCAGUCAUCCAAGGCCCUGUCCACUUUGACUGCUCACAUCACUGUAGUUCUUCUGCUUUUUGGACCAUGUAUCUUCAUUUAUGCCUGGCCGCUCCCCAUCAAGUCAUUAGAUAAAUCCCUUGCUGUGUUUUAUUCUGUGGUCACUCCUCUCUUGAACCCAAUUAUAUACACACUGAGGAACAAGGACAUGAAGACUGCAAUGAAACGGUUGAGAAAAUGGAAUGUGAACUCUAAGGAAAAGUCUUAG